CCCCCCAUGUUUUCUCCCCAGGGUAACACUUGUCGAGUAGCCCUGACCCCCAGUCUCUCUGCAGAGCCCUCCGUGCCAGAAGGCAGCGGGUUGGGAAGGGGAUGGGAGGACUUUGAGUGGGUGCUGGGAAGAGGGGUGGUUUCCCCCCACGCAGGGCCUGCCCUUGGAGGAGGGAGAGGUGCUGCGUGCUGGACUUGCUUGGGCUGGGCUAGAGGGAAGCUGAGCAGUUAGCAUCUCCGGCAGACCUCAGUGGCAUUUGCAGAUGCACAGCACUUGGGCAUGCGUGGCCUCUGCAGUCCCUCUGUCCCUUCUCGUCAAGAGCCAGCUCUAUAAAUGGAUAAAUCCUGUAAACAAUUCCUCUCCCCCCGGGGCGUUGUGAGCCCUCGUGUCCAGCUGGCUGCAGAGCAUCAGCUGGGCCCUGCGUGCUGGGUCGAGCCGAGGGUCCGGGGAUGAUAUUUCCAGGGAGGCGUGCAGUGCUGACCUGCCUGAACGCAGAGCUGCUUCGCGGUGCUGCUGGGGAGCGUCGUGCCUCUUCUUCCUGAGGUGGGGGGAGUUGUUUACAAAGCGACAGCCUGUGUCUCAAAUGGCUCAGAAACUCAUCCGGGGAUGAGAGUCAUUCAUUUUUGGCUGCAUUUUCAAGCAUUUUUCAAGCUGUCACAGCUUGGCAGGUCUGUAGCUGCAGUGUCAAGAUUUAGAAUUAUUCUGUCGGUAAUUGCUUUCUGAUUCAUCAAAAUGAUAGAUGAGAGGGAAAAUGACAAAUAAUCACAAGUUGGGGAUCUUCAAGGAUAUCCCUAAAAAUGUGACUGGAGAAGCGUGGCAUGUGCGAGUCCCUUGUCAGGAGGUCACCUUUGCUGUCAGAGCAUUUACAAAGAAAUUGUGUUAAAUUCAGAGUUGACAAAAAACUUGGAUAACUGGAAAACGAGUCUGUGAGCCAAACCGCAAGGAUAGUUUUAGAUAAUUCAGUCUUCAGCCUUUUUCACUGAGCCUGAAAGUAGGUAUCAUCACCUCGGGUACUAGCAACUGUCCUUUCCAAGAGUGCUAAAAGCAAAAUACAGCUUCUGUGCUUAAAUUCCCUACCUGAAGGCUGGGGGGGGGGGGGUGCACUCUGAUGCGUGUUUUCUUCCCUCAGCUAUACCAGCUUGUCUAAUAAAAGCUAUUACCGCUCUCCUACUCAUAGCCUCAGACUAGCACAGCUACAAGUGAUCUCUUACUUGUCUUGUUCCCUUAGUUACAUUUACAGAGACUCUCUUUGCCACAAGUCCCUUCAUUUUCAGAAGCAUUGUGGGAGUUGUGUGGUUACAUCUCUUACUUUUUUUUUUCUUUCCUUUAAAUGUUGAAGGUAGGUGACUCAUCAUAACUCCAGCUGAUAUUUCUCAGUGAUCUCUUAUUUAGCACAGUGCAUCAAGCAGAAGAUGUAUCACAGAGUCAGAGAGCUGGUGAUACCAGCAUGGAUUUAAAAAAAAAAAAAAAAAAAAAGCGUGGCAGUUGCUUGUUGCUGUUUGCUUUUGUUUCGGUGGUAAAAAGGUUUACAGGCUGUCUCUCCAAAACCAGAGUGACCCUGCAUAGGAGUCAUACUGGAGGCAUGGGCCUCUCCAGUGCUCCUCCCUAUCAACGUGCCAGAACGCCUGUCUGUGUAAGUGUUUUUCUUCCAAUAAGGGUGUUUUUCCCACCGCAAUGGACACCCUUUGUGGAGGCAGUUCUCAGCAGCUGGGUGCGAGGCUUGGCUUAUCUCUCCGGGCAGAGGGCAAAGAGACAGGUUGGAGCAAAAGAUAAAAAAUGGAGAAAGUAUAAUGAGGAUAUUCCAACAAGACCUGAGUUCAGCUCAGCUGGAGCAGAACAGCUUUGUUUUGCAAGAGCCACUGCUUUUCCAAAAGCAGUGCUUGUUUUUAGUUCCCCUUCCUAAACAGACAAACAUUUGUGGACUGCAGUGGUCAUUGCAGUUGCUUCUGGAGCUGUGCAUGCCAUUUGUGCAAUAUGCUGUCUUCAGAGGGCUCAGCAAACCUUCAAUGCAAAUCAUGACUCACCAGGAUAAUCAUCUUUUGUCUCUAGGCAUGUGUGUGCAUGUAUUUGCAGAGGAAGGGAGGCAUAGAGGCUAAGGGAGCUUUAGAAGGCUGCAGAUAGUAGGGAGGGAGUGCAUGUAUUCCUCAGCCUCUCCUUGCUGCCUCGGACUGUAGAUGGAGCAGUGCACUGCUGUGCUUAGCCCUGAUGGGGAUUUUGAACUUCUUGCUCAUUAGUAUUUCUACACACAGCGGCUGUUUGCAGUUUUGUGGUGUUACAGAGAAGGGUUUGGCUCUAUAUUGGGUAAUGCAGGGUCUUUGUUGCAUCUUCUCUUACUCUUAUUUUAGAUUUAAGCAGCACAUUUGAGCUAUUUCAGUGAUCUUGAAGGAAGGCAGAAUGAUCCUGUGGAAGGACACUGGUCUGGGAACCGGCCAACUUGACUUGCAUUUCCAGCUCUGCCGUUUUCUGAGUGAAGGAUGCCGAGGAAGAAGAAGCCCACAGAGGGCCUGGACUCUCGAGGUCAGGAUGGGGAGGAGGAGGAGGAAGAGAAGAGGAACCCAGCCAACGCCAAGAAGAAGCGCAGUUUCGUGGAUGCGUUUAUUGUUAUAUCUGACAGCGAUGGAGAGGAGUCAAAGGAGGAGAGUGGAUUGCAAAAGAAGAGAACAAAACAGCAGCUGGAUAGAACGAAGUUUGCUGCUAAAAGAAAAAUUGCACAGAUGACUGAAGAGGAACAGUUUGCACUGGCCCUGAAAAUGAGUGAGCAAGAAGCCAGACAAGUGAACUGUCAGGAAGAGGAAGAGGAGGAGCUCUUGAGGAAGGCCAUUGCUGAGAGCCUUAAUAGCUGUCAGCCCUCAGACUCCUCUGAUGCAACCCCUCAGUUGUCUGCAGAAGUACUGGGUGCGCGAGGCCAAAGCCAGCCUGCCGAGAAAGAAGGCUCUGACAUCCUGAGAGGUCUGGCACUUUGCCCUGACACCCCUCGCUCCAAGUGCAGCUCUGACUCACAGAGCGCCAGAGCUGAUGGGAAUGGACAGAUGGAUGUCGCCCGGAGCCCCCUGGUAGUGUUGAGGAGGUUAAGCCAGGAAAUCGUUGAAAGCUCACUAGUAUCUAGCAUAAUCGUGUCUCCGGGGAAGGGCCAGCCUGUGACAAGGUCAAGUGAAAAGCCUUCCUCACCAGCAAAAAGUGAUUCUAGUAACAUGUUACCCAGCACUCUUGGAGAGGACUUCAUCUCUUUGAGUCCCACCUUUGGCAGGGUGACUUCAGACUCCUGGCGACUGACACCUCGGAGACUGUUCUCAAGCCCCUCCAGCUCUUCUGAAACAACAAGCCAUGAACCAAAAGAGCAGCCCCUGCCCUGCACUGGCCAUUCUGUGGGAGAAGCUGGUACCGGGAGCUCAGCCAUGCUCUGGAAGAGCUGGACCGCGGAACAGUGUGGCAGCCCCAGGAGGAGUGGUGGAGGUGCAGGAACCAAACACACCUCACAGCCCAGGCACACCGCCAAAGUCUGUGUUUCUGCAGGGCAAGCAGAGCAGAACGAGGUGCCCGACAGCACCCCUGAGCUUUGCAUACUGAAUGCAGAGGAGGAGAAGCACAAGCAGGAGGCGGCGAGAGACACAGUGCAUUAUUACUGGGGCAUCCCCUUUUGCCCCAAAGGGGUGGACCCCAACCAGUACACCAAAGUCAUCUUGUGUCAGCUGGAGGUUUACCAGAAGAGCCUGAAGCAGGCUCAGAGGCAGCUAUUGCAUAAGAAGGAGUUUGGAAACCCAGUUGUGCCCAGUUCUUCCUUGAGCCAAAAUGAGCUUGGGAAAGGAGAGCAGAUAAGCAGGGAGAAUGGGGUUGCUGAUGAUACAGAAGAUGGAGACCCAGAUGGGCAGAAGGAGUCCGAGAGCAUCACCUGGCUCCUCCCUUCAAAGAGGAGGGAGGCAGAGAGUCCAGGGCACAGCAUGGAAGAAGAGAAGAACUCCACUUCUGAUGAUGAACCGACCACCAGCUACUGCCAGAAUUUUCCUUUCCAGGCCUCCCAGGUGCUGCCUGCAGAGGAUGUGCAUGAAGAUGGGGAACCCAUGCAAGUUGCACAGAGCAUCUCCAUGUUGACCCCACUUGGCAGUAAAAGGAGCCCAGACACUGCCACAGAAAACUCUGCUGAAGAAGAGAUCUCUGUUUGCCCAGAGACCCAGCCGAGUCCACUGGAAACUAUUGAGGUGGAGAGAGAAGAGCUCUGCUUGGGCAGCAGAGAUGCACCUAUGCAGGCUGGUGGAGAUGAAGAUGCUGGCAGGACUGUGUCUGAGCGCAGUCCUACAGCUGCUGACCAUGUGUCGUGCCCGUUGUGUGAUCAAGGCUUUCCAGCUACGGAGAUCGAGCUGCAUGCCAUGUACUGCAACGGCAUCGUGGGAGAGGAGGACAGUCCAGUGCUCACCCGGCGUCAGAGAGAGGCAAGAAGUAAAGCUGCCAGUGGUGAAAGCGGCCCAACAUCCUUAGACAUUGACAAGUGUGAGAAGUGCUACCUCUGUAAGUCACUGGUGCCACUGCUGCAGUAUCAGAGGCACGUGGACAGCUGCCUUCAGGCUGCUAGGCAAGCUCAGGGAACCAGGAGGCUGCGAAGCGCCAAGGACGUUGGAAGGCAGGAGAGGGGACUCCUCAGGAUGCUGGAGCUCUCGGAGAGCAAGUCUGCAGGUGCUGAUGCGGGGACCCCCCUCACUGGAGUAGGAGACCAGCAGUCCCCUCCCACACUCUCAGCCAGAGCCGGGGAGCCAGUGGCAGACAGCUACAGCUCCCUUCGGCACCUUCCUUUCGACGUCUCCCCUGCAAAACCCAGCAUCUCCUCGGAAGCCACGGACUGCAUGGUGGACUCGGAGCCGCAUGUGGCUCUUCACUUGGGCAGCCAGCAGCCGAUGAAAGGCUGCCGCCGGAGAAGGCGCAAGUUCUGAGGCCAGGGGUCCAGCAGGUCCCCCCAGCAGCUCCCUGCGCUCUGGCGAGGGUCUGCACGGCACUGUACUCCUGCUUCACCUGCAGCCUUGUUCUUUCUCCCACCCCCCUUUUAUAUGUUUUCUACUACCUGUGCAGGGAGCGCCGGGUGGAGAAGUGACUGUGUUUUACAGGUGCCUGUGCAGCUUUGCUCUCUGUUAAAGAAAUGGAAAUAUAUUUAUGUAUGUUUUUAUGAAACUGCA